GAACACAAAACUCAAUCUCAUCCUCGAACUGUUGGCAACCUCCGCAAUGUCGGUAACCACGAGUUCAACUCCGGCAGGGCAUGUUGCCGUCUGCGCAUUUCCGUUCACAAGUCAUCCAUUGGCUCUUUGUAGCCUGGUUUGUAGACUAGCAGAAGAGGCUCCUCAACUGCACUUCUCUUUCCUCUGCACGUCAAGAGCAAACUCCAAGAUCUCAACUAAAACUACUAUCCUCCCCACCAAUAUCAAAAUCUCUGAUAUAGAGGACGGCUUGCCGGAAGGGUUUGAACCCGAAGAUCUUGCACAGGAAGCUAGUAACUUCUAUAAACAGUUCCCGGAGAACUUCAAACGCGGUGUUGAUGCGGCGGUGGAAGAGACAGGAGGUAAAAGGGUAACCUCCCUGAUAGUAGAUGGCCUUUUCUCAUUUGACCUAGGCAAUAUGGCCGAGGAGAUGAAUGUGCCGUGGGUGGCGUUCACCGUACCUGCACCUUAUGACCUCGCUGCAUGGCUCCAAAAGGAUCUCAUUCAACAGCUCUACGCUAAUGCUCAAAUGGAUCAUGAUCACCCGGAAGAUCAACUCAUAGAUAUCGUUCCAGGAUUGCCUCCAUCGCCCUUUAAAGACUUUCCCCAUGAAUUGUUGGAGAGGAAUCCCAGUAAUCAACUACUUGCCCAAGUUUUGUUGUCAAUGAUAAGAAAAAUACAAGAAGCAUCUGCUGUUGUGAUGAACUCUUACGAGGAAUUAAAUCCUCUUCUGCUCACAAAUUAUCUCAAGUCCAAGUUUCUAAAUAUAUUCUAUGUGAGUUCGGUAACCCCAUCGAAGCUAGCAUCAGGAACAGAUGCAACAAGGUGCUUGUCAUGGCUGGAUGAGCAAAAGUCUGCAUCUGUUGCUUAUAUAAGCUUCGGAACAACGGCACCUCUGAAUGGUGAGGAGGUAAAGGCAUUAGCUGAAGCUCUUGAAGAGGGUGGUGUUCCAUUUCUUUGGUCAAUCAACGACAAGUUCAAGGAGUAUUUACCAGAUGGAUUUACAGAGAGGAUUGGAACUCGUGGAAAGUUGGUUCCAUGGGCUCCUCAGAGGCAAGUUCUGGAACAUCCUUCAAUCGGUGUACAUGUGACGCACGGCGGAUACAAUGCUGUUUUAGAGAGCAUUAUGGGUGGUGUUCCGAUGAUAUGCAGGUCAGAGUGGGCGGACAAUCAUCUGAAUGCAAAGAUGGUGGAGGAGGUUUGGGGAAUUGGAGUGAGAGUUGAGAAUAGAUUAAUCACCAAGACAGGGAUGUUAAAGUGCUUGGAGAUGAUUUUGCAUCAGGAAGAAGGGAAGGUCAGACAAGCUUCCACUGCCCUUAAACAAGUUUUUGAAAAGGCAGCUGGACCUGAUGGUGUUGCUGCUAACCAUGUAAAAACUCUGUUGCAUAUUAUCUCGGAGGAGAGAUGCCCAAGUUAUAAACUUGAAGUUGUAUAUCAAAUGCAUGCUCCAUUGGUCAUAAGAACUCCAAAUUACAAAUGGCAAUACUCAGCCCUUCAGCAAACAGAUUGCAAUCCUGCACCAGCACACAUUAGAUCCCUAGUUUUCCUGGUGGAAAAUCAUCUCCAAGCAAUUGAAAAUCAUCUCCAUGCUGUUUUACAGAAUUUCCACCUCUUAUUCUCUCACGCAUAA